UAUAAUGAUUUUAUUUACGAUUUUUGUGAUUUUUAUAAUUCUUUUAUUAUCAUAUGUCGUUUAUUAUCGAUUAUCACGAAUUAAAUGUUUUGAACCGAAAGCAUUGAAAUAUUUCCAUGGAAAAACUGUCUGUGUUACUGGAGCAUCAUCUGGCCUGGGUAAAGAAAUUGCCCGAAUUGCUUUUGAACAUGGUGCACAUGUUAUAAUGGCUGCAAGACGUAUCGAUGAAUUGAAACGUAUAAAAAUGGAAUUUCUUGCUACCGGUACCGGUACCGGUACUAAAAUUGAACCGGACAUCAUCCAGUUAGAUUUAAGUUCAAUCGAACAAUCGGAAAAUGUAGCGAAAAAAAUAUGCGAAAAAUUUAAUGUAGAUAUUCUCAUUAAUAAUGCCGGUAUUUCUAGUCGAGCACCAGCAUUGCAAACCGUUGUCGAUGUUGAUCAUCGAAUGAUGAUGGUAAAUUUCCUUGGCCACAUUGCAUUCACAAAAAUUAUUAUUAAAUCAAUGAUGACUGAAUCCAAACGAAACGGCCAUGGACAAAUUUUGGCCAUAACAUCCAUUCAAGAUCGAUUAGCCAUACCAUUUCGUAGUUCAUAUUCAUCAUCAAAACAUGCAUCACGUGCAUGGUAUGAUUCAUUACGAUCGGAAUUAUCAUUAAUUGCACCGAAAAUUCAUAUUUCACUUCUUGCACCCGGUUAUAUACGUACAAAUAUAUCGAUGAAUGCAAUGAAUUCUGAUGGUACAAAAUAUGGACAAAUGGAUGAAACGACAGCAAAUGGUUAUACCGCAGAAUAUGUUGCUACCAUCAGUUUAGAAAUGUUAUUGAAUGGUGAUCAUGAAAUUGUACUAGCACCAUUCAUACAUCGAAUUCUUGUUAUCAUUCGAACAUUGUGGCCUGUAUUUUAUUUUUUUAUCAUGAAAAUUUAUGCAAAACAAAAAUCUAAAUCAAGUUAAUUUUU